CCUAUUAUGGCUCUCUGCCCGUCACUUGCGAGUGCCCAAAUCAACUAAACUGAGGCGAGGAAGAGAGAGAAAUGGCAUUGAGAGCAGUCGUACUUCGCCAUUUCCGCAUCCCUGUGCAAUCGCUAGCCCUAGCCGGAGGUAAAUCUCAGCCAUGGAGCUUCUCUAGUUCUAUCCGGUUAAUGUCAUCGCAUGACGAUCAUCUCAGCAAGGAACAGGUCAUCGAGAGAGUCCUCGAUGUCAUCAAGAGUUUCCCUAAAGUCGAUCCAUCCAGGGUGACUCCAGAUGUACAUUUUCAGAAAGAUCUGGGUUUAGAUAGCUUGGACAACGUAGAGAUUAUAAUGGCAAUAGAGGAGGAGUUCAAGCUGGAAAUUCCAGACAAGGAAGCAGUUAAGAUAGACUCCUGUAAUCUUGCUAUUGAGUAUGUUUAUAACCAUCCAAUGGCUGCUUGAUAUCGGCAUGGGGUUUGCCUUGAAUUUUGAUGAAAGCAGCGAUCUUCUUCUUUGUUCUUGUUUAACUUAGUCGCGUCUGUAUGGACUUGAUCUGGUAAUGGGUUGGAAAAUAAUCUGAAUCUGCUUGAUAAGAGUAGUGUCAACAGAACUUGCAUGUUUUCAUGUUAGUUUACUUUGGAACACCUGUAAUUUCAUGUCUCGCAUUGGGAUGCUCAAGAUUUCCUA